GUAGAUAAACAGCGAAAUCUGAAAAGGAUUAUUAGUUUUAUGGUCACGCGAAAUAAAAACAUGGCUCUUGUGCUCAAGAAGAAGUUCCUGACAGAGCCCAAGCAGAUCAUAAAAUUCGUCGUUCUGUUGGCGUGCGUCGUGUUCACUAUUUACCAGUUGGCUGAGUGCGUUCGUAAGAUCAUCCACCCCCCAAUAUCAACACACUACAAUUUCUAUCUGAACGACACCAUCAAGUAUCCAUCUUUAACGAUCUGCAGAAGACCACCAUAUAAAACAGAACUGUUUCCGACCUAUGGAUUACGACAAAGUACCGUGUUGAACGCCCAGAACGCUUUUUCAUCCUUCCGCUUCGACAACUUCUCCGUAUUGGAGUUUCUCGAGAGCACUUCCUAUAGCUUCGACGAGAUCUUCGUCCAGUACGGCUACGCGGGUAUAGGGUCCAACCCCAAUUUGAUCAUCACCUCUGCGCAUCACCUUAUGAGCGGCUUGUGUCAUACUUUGGAGCCCCAGGUCCAGUCGCAGGCAUUCUCUAUCAGUGGAGGGUAUUUCUUUUAUCUGAGCCACAACGAAGCCACUAGAAAUGUAGACGAGAAUGGAGAGUCCCUGUCUGGAUUCGAAAUUUAUCUUCACGACCACAACGAAAUAUUAACUUAUGAAGAAGAUCAGAAGGACAGUUUCUUGGAGUUUCUCUAUCUGGAAGCCUCUGAGGAUAUGAAUGUUGUCUUAAAUAUACAAACUUAUGGCAGAAUAUCAACCAACGACGUUCCUUGCGUCAACGAUCCGGACUACAGUAAAUCUAAAUGCCAAGAAUACUGCGUCCACUUGCAAGUUGCGCAAACCGCUGGUUGCACCUUACCCUGGCUGAUACUGCCGGAAAAUGUGACCUUUCCCCAAUGCUCGGAUUUCGAAAGUGUACGGAAUUUAAUAGCCGACUUAAGAAAUUCCAGAGCAGCCUACGUGAGAAACUGCGACUGUCUCAUGAACUGCAACAUAACCAUCUUCAGCACGAAAAUAGUCAACAGAAGGGAAAUGGACGAACUGAACGCUCCCAACAGCAUGAUCGCGCUGUAUUACAGCUCCAACCUGGUGACCAAACUGAGCGAGGUUGUCGGAUAUGACUGGAACCAGUUCCUGUCCGAUAUUGGAGGAUCUCUAGGCUUCUUGUUAGGUCUUUCCGUGAUUGGGCUGAUAUCAAUGGCCGAGGAGAUUUGUCAGAUACUGUUCAGGUGGAUGUUCGCAAAGAAGAAUAAACAGUUGGAAGAGGACAAGCAGAACGAGGAGCUCAGUAAGGACAACAAGGAAAAGGAGAGUAACAGGGACGAAGUGGAAUGUACUGAAAAUAAAGAUGUAGUCAAUGAGAAAAACUGUACAAAGGACGACCACAACUAUAAGAAUUUGAUGGAUUAUUUCGCCGAUUAUAGCUACUACGAAAAGGCAUUGGUUGACAAAGAUCAUGACAAGAAGAAUAAGUUUUAGAGUAGUAUUUUAUGUGGCUUAUUUUUAUUGUAUUCUUCAAUAUUAGAUAUAGUACAGGGUAGGCUAAAUUCAAUGGGAUUUGGCCUGCUUUGUACAUUAGUUAAUGUCUUUGUGAAAUACAUACGUACCUGUUUGUAUUAAAAUAAAUAUUAUAUUACCACUACUGGAACAUAUAUGGCCGAUGUACUAAUUUUGUAAAAGAUUUUUUUAAUUCUAAUAAGCGUGUUUUGUAAUUUCGUGUAAUAAAAUAAGGUGGCGCUAUUGAUUAUUUCCUUGC